CUAAUGGCUUCUCACGUCCUCGGCGUCAAGAAGGUUAUCUCCUGUCUCUCGACCUGCGUCUUCCCCGACAAAGUCACAUAUCCUCUGGAUGAGACAAAGAUUCACCUGGGUCCGCCGCACCCGAGCAACUUCGGGUAUUCGCACGCAAAGCGCAUGGUUGAUGUGCAAAACCGGGCUUAUAAGGAGCAAUUUAAUUGCAACUUCACGUCUGCGAUCCCGACAAGUAUCUUCGGGCCUCAUGAUAACUUUGAACUCGAGUCAGCGCAUGUCAUCCCGGCGCUUAUUCACAAGUGUUUCCUCGCUCAACAAAAUGGCACGUCCUUCGUCGUCGGCGGGACCGGCAAACCGCUUCGACAGUUCAUCUACUCGCACGAUCUCGCGAAGCUGUUCAUCUGGCAGCUACGCGAAUACGACUCCAUCGAACCCGUCAUCCUCUCCGUCGGCGAAGAGCAAGAAGUCUCCAUCAAGACGCUUACGAACUCUAUCGUUCGUGCGAUGGACUUCAAAGGCGAAUACGUCUUCGAUACCUCCCAGGCCAAGGGCCAGUUCCGCAAGCCGGCGAGCAACAAGAAGCUGAUGUCCCUCAUCGGAGCCUUUGAGUUCACCCCGUUUGAGAAGGCGCUUGACGAGACUGUGCAGUGGUUCCUAGCGAAUCACCAGCGAGCCAGGACUGAGAAGAGAGCGGAAGUUUGAUCCGUUGUUAACUUACAAUGGACAGUAUCUAUCGGCGUGAAGGUAGCUGACGAAGAUGCUAAAAAGCAGGAUCAAAUGAAAUGAUCGUGCUGUUUCCUCGACGGCUUCAUGGGCUGUCUUAUUUUCAUACUCAAGGAUACGAUCUCAAUUCAUUGCACGCUUCUUAGGGGGUCGCUAGACGGUGGGAACCCCAGCGGUUGUGCCAUGGCAUUCGACCAACCCUUGACGUGCGUAUUGGUCAAACGUCGUACAAUCAAGUCUGGUUUGUGUCUCGCAUUAUGGCACAGGUGCUAGUUGCCCAUGGGGCGAGGAAAGCUGCAUUGUAGGCUCGCCCGAGAUGGGUAGCGCCGGC